UAGCCUCUUAGGCUGUCGGAGUGUCUCCUGGCUGCACUCAAGAGUUGGACACACCCACACUAAAUACGCACUUCUUUAUGCUACAUGUUUAUGUGGAGAGCUUUUCUAUUCUGCUUCUUUCUGUUUGUUAAUAAGUAGGUCUGGGGGCAUUUAAAACAUCUGUCAUAGAAAAAAAUACAGCACAAGAAACAAACAGCAAACUUCACGGAGUUCGCGCUCAUUAUAAAACCAUUUCAGAAUAAACAUAAAGCUGCAAUAAUUAGUGCAUGAUGCUGACAUGUGUUUGAAUCAAGCGGUCAAGGUGACAGUAAGGAUCCGGAGGGGAACUGGAUUGGCAGAGGUGUGCAGAGUGCGGAUGCCACAGUGAUCCACUACACUGACGUCCCUCCGGUAGCGCAGGCGAAGUCCGCAGCCCGGUUAUUUCUCAGACUUCAGUGCACCCAAACAGUCGACAGUCUCUCCUGCAGAGAGACAGAGAGAGGGAAAAAGAACUUCAGAAACGACGUGCUCGUAGUUUGACAGCAUGUUCAACCUUCGGCAAUCUCCGUUCAAACACACUCGCCCGACAGCUGUUUAAUUGUGCUGGUGUACAGGCUAUUUUUGGAAAGAUUCGUUUUUUCCUCCUUCGACUGAUGUAAAAACUAUCAACCACUCUAUACUGGAAUGAUGUGGGCCUCUCAUGAUACUGUUGGAUUUGUUUUCUUAGCCGGAUUUUGUGUGCAGUUCGGAUUCUCCUUUGAAGGUCGCUUCACGGAUCUGCCCUCCAACAUGACGGUUAAAGAGGGACAAAACAUAGAAAUGGCGUGUGCUUUCCAGAGCGGAACCGCGUCGGUGUAUUUGGAGAUCCAGUGGUGGUUCGUGAAAGCGCCGGAACCCACUGAUAGCGAGGAGGACGUUGAUGCUGAAGAGAUGGAGAUGAUACCUGAGCCUGACCCUGAUGAUGAGGGGACAAAAAUAAGUACAGUGAAAGUCCAGGGCAAUGACAUCUCACACAAGCUGCAGAUCUCCAGAGUCAGCAAGAGUGACGAAGGACUGUACGAGUGCCGGGUGACACGAGCUAACUACGGAGAGAUUGUUGAGUACAAAGCCCAAGCCUGGCUAAAGGUCAAUACUACAGCCAGGCCUCGACGACCUCUGCCACCUCCCAAGAAGAGCUCCCCGCUGCACCUUACAGACAAGAAGCCAAGAAAGUCCAGCUCACCUCUGGGCCAGGACAGCAUGAGCUCAGACCAGAGGGUAGCCUCCACCUCCACCUCGCACACAUCCUCCAAAACAGAACACAACCCUGGCUCAGGUACAAGAAUAUCAUCCAGCUAUGGACUGGCUGUCCUCCUUCUGGCAUGUGCUUUGGUGAGGGAUGCCUUGUUAUAAUUUGAAGAACUGACAUGGUUAGCGCCCAGAUCACGCUCUCUCUGUUUGCUCUCAAUGUGAACGAGAAAAUUGCCUGUUUUACCCUCCCCCCCACACACACACACACCAUACAGACAGCACAGUUUGCCCUCAUUUCCCAGCCACUACUGCUCUUGCACCCAGCACAUUGUUAUUAGCCACUGUAAACACCAGUCACCUUUAACCAGCUGGAUUACCUUUUGAACAGACAUUGACUCAACACCAUCUCAGGUGCAACGCUCCGGUGUGAAAACAGCCUCUGUAUCUUUUUGGAUAACUCUGGUGCAAGAAUGACCUGGUUUAGCUGUUCGAGUUUGUGUGUUCAUUGCUCAAAAGUGAACAAGAAAAAAGGAGAAUCUUCAUUUGUGAAAUAUAUAUGAUUCUAGAUAUGUAUCUGUUUUGUUUGAAACACCUAGAAUUACUUUAUGUGCUGCACACAUAGCUGACACUCACCAUAUUAGCUAUGGGACUUCAUUGUGAAUAGGCACUCAAAGAGACAAAAGAAAUUAAAGUACAUGUUAAGUUAGACUGUUAACAUUGACCAUCAGGUUAAAAAGUUACAUCUCUCAUUUUUCUUCACUAUUUUGGCCAUACAAAUACCUUGUUAGUGAUACAUGUACAGGUGUGCAUGCUUAUUGGUCAGAAGGCCUAAAAGUGGAGAGCAAACGUUUUGAGCUACAAGUCAACACUUAGAGUUCAGUGUUACAUAUGUUGAAUUAAGCUUCAUGGUAAUGUGCUAGCUUUGGUGUGAAAAAAAUAAACUAACUGUUCCUUGUCA